UCCCCAUAAUUUCAUCAUCAGGCUUCGAUUUGGACUUCCCUGUGGCUCCUAGAUUAAACUCGAUAAGUAGUAGCAGACUCUCGUUCACCUCGCAGUCCACACGGACUGUCGUCAUAGCGAGAGCGCUGCCUCAAAAUGGACGACGACAUGUUCAGCAUGCUGAACAAGACCAAAAAGGUCAAGAAAUCCAAGACCGUUAUUCCCCAGGGAACGAGCUCGAGCAAAGCUGCAGGAAAGCGACGAGCCAGGUCGGAUUCCCAAGAAGCCGCCUCUCAGGCGAGUGUAACCGAAGAUGGACCAUCCGAGAGGAAGAAGGCCAAAGUGCAGACGACCGAUGUCGACCCGAUGGAAGCAUUAGAACGAGGUACAGGAGGUUCAAAUGCGGGAGAUCAGACGAUGGAGGACGUGGAGCAGAGCAACGGCAACGUCGGAGACGCAUCGAUUGAUGUUGAAUUGCCAUCGGAGUCUAGCAAACCCAUGCCAGUGGUGACGGAUGACUUCGAGCAAGAGGCAGAGAGAGAAGUCGCCGCGACUAGCGGUUUCGCUAAAGUGGAAGAAGGAGAGAAGAUGAGGCUUGUCCACCAAGUCAGGCAUCAAGUCGCACUACCCCCUGAUUACCCUUACGUCCCUAUCUCGACGCAUAUUCCAAAAGAUCCGCCAGCUCGAAGUUACAAAUUCACGUUGGACCCUUUUCAGCGUGUCGCCGUCAAUUCAAUCGAACGAAAUGAGAGCGUCUUGGUAUCAGCGCAUACCAGUGCUGGAAAGACUGUCGUUGCCGAGUAUGCUAUCGCCACCUGUUUGAAUGAGAAGAAGCGAGUCGUAUAUACUAGUCCGAUCAAAGCACUGUCCAACCAAAAAUACCGAGAAUUGCAAGCAGAGUUUGGUGAUGUCGGUCUGAUGACGGGAGACGUGACGAUCAACCCAUCGGCAUCGUGUCUUGUCAUGACUACCGAAAUUUUGAGGUCCAUGCUUUACCGAGGUUCGGAAGUCAUGCGAGAGGUUGCUUGGGUCGUCUUUGAUGAGAUCCAUUACAUGCGUGACAAGGAUCGAGGAGUCGUGUGGGAGGAAACCAUUAUCCUGCUGCCACAUUCCGUUCGCUACGUCUUCCUUUCUGCCACCAUUCCCAACAGUAUGCAAUUCGCCGAAUGGAUCGCCAAGCUCCACAAUCAGCCUUGUCACGUUGUGUAUACCGAUUUCCGACCGACGCCGCUUCAACAUUACAUGUUCCCGGAAGGAGGAGACGGGAUGUACCUGGUAGUCGACGAGAAGAGCACGUUUAGGGAGGACAACUUCCAAAAGGCGAUGGGGUCGCUCGCUGCGCGCAGCGGUGAGGAUCCAGCAAACCCUAAUGGAGGCAAGGGCAGGCAAGGAAAGACCAGAAAGGGGAAGCCACAAGGCGAGGCUUCCGACAUUUACAAGCUGGUCAAAAUGAUCAUGCUUAAGAACCUCAACCCCGUCAUCGUCUUUGCCUUCUCCAAACGAGAGUGCGAGUCCCUCGCAAUGCAAAUGUCCAAGAUCAACAUGAAUAAGGAAGAAGAGUCGCUCUCCGUCGAAAACAUCUUCAACAACGCGCUGGGCGGACUCAACGACGAGGACAAGCAGCUGCCCCAAAUCGGUCACAUCUUGCCCUUGCUCAGGCGUGGUAUCGGUGUCCAUCAUGGAGGACUCCUGCCUUUACUCAAAGAGGUCAUCGAGAUUCUCUUCCAGGAGGGUCUCAUCAAGGUCCUCUUUGCUACCGAGACUUUCUCGAUCGGGUUGAACAUGCCUGCCAAGACCGUCGUCUUCACUUCGGUACAAAAGUUCGAUGGCAAGGAGUUCAGGCAUCUUUCAGGAGGAGAAUACAUCCAGAUGUCAGGACGAGCGGGACGUCGUGGACUGGACGCUCGAGGGAUCGUCAUCAUGAUGUGCGAACAAAAGCUCGAGCCAGAAGCAGCCAAGGGCAUGGUCAAGGGACAAGCCGAUCGACUGGACUCUGCAUUCCACCUCGGUUACAACAUGAUUCUGAACUUGAUGCGAGUAGAAGGUGUCAGCCCGGAAUACAUGUUGGAAAGGUGUUUCUACCAAUUCCAGAACACUGCAAAUAUCCCGGUCCUUGAGGAUGAGCUUCGCGACCUACAAAAGAAGGAAAAGGCAGUCAAGAUCGAUAGGCGCGACGAGAUCGAGGAAUACCAUGAAAUCCGAGACAGUCUCAUCAAACAACGGGGCGAUUAUCAGGCCGUGAUCACGGAACCCAGCUACGCGCUACCGUUCUUGCAGAGCGGUCGAGUUGUGCGGGUGGUCGAUGGAAAGCGUGACUUUGGAUGGGGGAUCGUCCUGCAAUCCGAGCGUCGUCAUUGGCCCAUGGUUCGCGGAGCGCCAAGCAAACCGGCUGACGUCAAGGCUUCUGACGAGCACAUCGUCUUUGUCCUACUCAACUGUGCCGCCAACGCUCGAGUGGAUUCCCGGGACAAAUCCGGUAGCGCCAUUCAAACCAUACAACCAGCUGGGGACGGGCCUGGGGAGCCAGUGAUCGUGCCAGUCCUAUUGAGCUGCAUCGAAAGCUUCUCGGUGGUCAGGACUCACAUCGGGCGAGAUCUUCGAAUGUUACAACCCCGUCAGGAAGCCUACGCGCGGAUCAAGAUGCUGCUUACCCAGAGAGGUGGAAAGGUGCCCGUCCUCGACCCCGUCGCCAACAUGGGGAUCAAGGAUGAAGGAUUCAAAAAGCUAGUGAAACGCAUUGCAAGUUACGAGCAGAAGUUGCAAGCUCUGGACAUCGCCAAAUCACCCGACCUCGAACGGCUCUACAACGAAUACUCCGACUAUGUCGAUCUCAAGAGCACUAUCCGAGCCGUAAAGAGAAAGAUUACGCAGGUGCAGAACGUACUUCAGUUGGAAGAGUUAAAGAAUAGGCAACGAGUCUUGCGACGAUUGGGCUUCACCUCGGCCGACGACGUCCUCAGCGAGAAGGCUAGGGUCGCGUGCGAGAUCAGUACCGGAGACGAACUGCUCCUUACCGAGAUGAUUUUUAGCGGCGCCUUUAACGACUUGACGCCCGCUCAAUGUGCUGCCGUGUUGGUUUGCUUCGUGUUCGAUGAGAAGAGCGAGACCAAGCCCAAGCUUCCCAAUGAAGUUCAAGCCGCUUUUAGAACGCUGCGAGAACAAGCCAAAACCAUCGCUCAGAUCUCGGUCGAGUCGAGAUUACCGAUCGUACCGGACGAAUACGUCAACUCGUUCAAACCUGAACUGAGCGAGGCAGUGUUCAGAUGGUGCAAUGGAGCCAGUUUUGCGGAAUUGUGCAAGAUGUGUGACGUGUUCGAAGGGUCGCUCAUUCGAUGCUUCCGUCGGUUGGGAGAACUGUUGCGACAGAUGGCUGCUGCCGCUCGAGUGAUCGGAAGUGACAGUCUCGAAAAGACGUUCGAAGAGUCCCUGAAGAUGCUCGAGAGGACGAAUAGCAUCAUCUUUUCGCCUUCGUUGUAUCUUUAGAUUCAGAUGGCCCAUCAUGACACUCGUGUAUAUCAUGCCGACAAGCCAAAUCGGUGAAUAUAUUUCCUACCUACUCGAGAAUCACUCCAAUUUGCCCUUGAUCUCCUCGAAAGUCUUCUUGAUAUCAUCCAUACCGAGCCCUUGUCCAGGCCAAGUUAUACCCAGACCCGCCGAAUCGUUCUGAGCGGGCUUGGGGAUCACAUGGAAGUGAACAUGAUCGACCUCUUGGUGAGCCCAUCGGCCGUUGUUUUGCAACAGGUUGUAGUGUUCGGCGCC